ACUAAACAUAUAUCCAUCCUCUACAAUCCAUACAAUUUCCAUAUCUGUCAACAUGAAACCCUCCCUCCUCAUCCUCCUCUCCCUCCUCUCCCUAACAACAGGCCAAACCAUCCCUCAAUGUCUAGGCGACUGCGUCAACUCCAGCACCGUCUGCGAAGCCGGCGAUAUCAAUUGUUACUGCACCAAUGCCGGGUUUCAGCAGGGCGUGCGGGAUUGUUUGAAUGAGAGGGGGUGUCAGGGGGAUUUACAGGCGGGGGUGGAUUUGCAGAAUGAGAUUUGUGGGUAGUCAUUCACUAUGGCGGAUUAUGUACGGAGUAUAGAGUGAGGUAUGGAAAGUGG